AUGGCGUCAAACAUUGUCGUUUUAGGUGCAGGUGUGACAGGCCUGACAACGGCACUGGUACUCGCGAAGAACGGUCAUAGAGUCACCAUCGUUGCGAAGCACAUGCCGGGUGAUUACGACAUCGAAUAUGCUUCACCAUGGGCUGGAGCGAACUAUCUUCCAGUCAGCAAACCCAACACACAGUUCGAGUCGUUCGAGCGAAGAACAUGGCCGGAGUUGGAGAGACUUGCACGAGAUGUGCCUGAAGCUGGAGUUCACUUUCAAGAUACCUACCUGUACCGACGAUCGAAAGAUGUCAAUUCGCCAGUAGGAGAUUGGUUCAAAGAGCUCAUCAGAGAGGACGCGUGGUUCAAGGAUGUCGUUCCGAACUUCAAAGUCUUGUCAAAAGCUCAAACUCCAGACGGAAUGGACGGCGGCACAUCCUUCACCUCAGUCUGCAUCAACACAGCUCUCUACCUACCCUGGCUCGCAUCACAAUGUCUAGCACUCGGCUCCGUGCUCAAAAGAGGAAUCGUCGAGCAUGUAACCGACGCCGCGAAGCUCCACCACAGCGGCAGACCCGCAGACCUCGUGGUCAACUGCACGGGACUCUCGUCACUCAAACUCGGCGGCGUGGAGGAUACCACUCUCUACCCUGCUCGUGGACAGAUCGUGCUCGUCCGCAAUAGUCCUGGAGUCAUGGCUUCUACCUCCGGCACAGAUGAUGGUCCAGAUGAGGCUGUGUACAUCAUGGAUCGUGCAGCGGGAGGUGGUUGUGUGCUUGGUGGAUGUCUACAGAAGGGUAACUGGGAGAGUCAGCCAGAUCCCAACCUCGCGGUGCGGAUUAUGAAGCGGGCGGUGGAAUUGUGUCCGCAAAUGGUUCCACCGGGUGCUGGUAUUGAGGCGUUGAGCGUGAUUCGGCAUGGUGUUGGGUUGAGGCCGAUGCGUGAGGAUGGUAUCAGAGUCGACAAGGAGGUGAUUGCCGGCCCGGAUGGUCGGAAGGUGGCUGUUGUGCACAAUUAUGGUCAUGGAGGCUAUGGCUAUCAGACGUCGUAUGGUGCGACUGCUGAUGCUGUGAAGCUGGUCGAGGAGGCGCUUCAGCAGAAGGCCAGG